CCAAGGGGAGGAGACACAGGAGACAGCUAGGGGGGCAGAGAGAGAGCGAGCGAGCGAGAGCGACAGGUACACACAGAGGACAGGACUUCGCUCUGUCUAUCAAUCCAAAGAUAAUAUUCUUCAUUAGUGUACUCAAAAUCCUGGUAGAAUCUUUCCACCCUGUCUCCCCAUGGAGUAGAGUUUGAGUUGGUGGCACCACUGGAACAGAGACAGCUGACAUGUUUCAGAUUCGAAGCAGCCAGAGAAGACAAAAUGGAAACACACAGAACAGGAUCAGCGACCCCUGACACCUCCACUUUAUCAAAGCGCCCUGCAGUGAGGUGGCAGGUCACCUGGUUUAGAAAGAUACACCUGUUCACAUGUCUGAGUGUGCUGUGUGCCACCUGCACCCCCACAGAUGCCAGUCGAAGCAGUUCUGUAUGCCAGACAGGUAGAAUACAGUUUGGGCUUGGCUUGAGGACUAGUAAUGAAGCUUCUCUGCAUUUUCUUGAAGAUCACCAAAGUUUGCACUCUUGCCAUACACUGUGCUGCCAGAGCCACUCUUGCAACGUCUUUUGGUUGCAGGGGGGCACCUGUAUCCUGUCUGACUGUUUGACACAUGGAUGUGUUACAACCCAUGUGGAUUCAGGAAAUUCUGUGCUCGUUUUCUUGCACAGGGACACAAUCUCAAGAGGCAUGUCACCUCCCCAUUGGCAAACAUUUAAAGUUUUACAGAAGGAUAGAAAGAUACGGACUCCAGUAGAAACAGUGGUGUCCAACAACGGGCCAAAGUAUGAUAGAACUCUUGACAGAGUAAGAAGGCAUUUGGCAAAAGGAGAGCGAAGGAAACGUGAUUUAACAGACUCACAAAAUCCAGUGUCAACCAGCAUGAGUGAAGAGGGUCCUUCUUCAAAAAGAGCCAGCCAGGAAAAGAUAAAGGGUUCAACGGAGGGUGACAAAAUCACUCUGAUUCCCACUCCACAGCCAUCCUCUGUAGACUCUUUCGCCGAAAAGCCACCUGCUAACAUCCAAUCAAAUGACACCAACACUCUAUCACUCGGGGAUCUGUCAGCUGGGGGAAGUGAGAAGCCAAGCAGCAAUGAAACACAUCCAGUCUUGAUACCCAGCAACACAACCACACAGCCAAGCCCAGUACCCACAAGUACCAGCACUAAAGUUCCCGUAAUGAACAAGCUUGUGGUAUCUGCAGGGGACAGCGUUGAAGUAACCUUGCCAAAAAAUGCUGUCCAGCUGAAUGCUUUUGUCUUACCAGUUCCUCCAGAGGGAAAAGUGUACACUUAUGACUGGAGACUGAUCACUCAUCCAACAGAUUACAGUGGAGAGAUGGAAGGAAAAUAUUCCCAACUACUGAAACUGUCGAAGCUCACAGCGGGUCUGUAUGAGUUCAAGGUGAUUGUGGAAGGAGAAAAUUCAUAUGGAGAAGGUUUUGUAAAUGUCACUGUCAAACCAGAACCUCGAGUGAAUCAACCUCCAGUUGCCAUUGUGUCACCUCGCUAUCAGGAAAUUUCACUUCCCACCACAUCGACUGUGAUUGAUGGAAGCCAGAGCACCGAUGAUGAGAAGAUUGUGAGCUAUGAGUGGGAGGAGCUGAAAGGUCCCCUGAGAGAGGAAAAGGUCUCGGCAGAAACACCCAUCUUAAAACUAGCAAACUUGGUUCCUGGAAACUACACAUUCAGCUUUACUGUAACUGAUUCAGAUGGGGCAAAAAAUUCCACCACGGCCAGCUUGACUGUUAACAAAGCUGUGGAUUAUCCUCCUGUAGCUAAUGCAGGAGCCAACCAAGUGAUCACCCUCCCCAAAAACUCUAUUGUGCUCUUCGGGAAUCUGAGUACUGAUGAUCAUGGCAUUGUCAGCUAUGAAUGGUCUUUGAGUCCAAGCAGCAAAGGAAAUGUUAUGGAGAUGCAGGGAGUCAGGACAUCAACUCUACAGUUAUCUGCACUGCAAGAAGGAGACUACACUUUUCAGCUGACUGUUACAGACUCUGCAGGACAGCAGUCUACCAGCGAGGUUACUGUAAUUGUUGAACCAGAGAAUAACAAACCACCUGAGGCUGAUGCCGGACCAGACAAGGAGCUCACCCUGCCGGUGGACGGUACCAGACUUGACGGCAGCCGGAGCACAGAUGAUCAGAAGAUUGUUUCUUAUCUGUGGGAGAAAACACGGGGACCCGAUGGUGUGAAAAUCAUGAAUGACACCAGCAGCAUUGCAGUUGUGAGUGGCCUGCAAGUUGGAAACUAUGAGUUUACUUUGACGGUGAAGGAUGAGCGAGACUUAAAAAGCCAGAGCAUAGUCAGCGUCAUCGUAAAGGAAGAGAUGAACAAGCCACCGAUCGCCAAGAUUGCUGGCAACAUUGUGAUCACUCUCCCUAGCAAUACUGCAGAACUUGAUGGCUCCAAGUCUUGGGAUGAUAAGGGAAUUGUUAGCUACCAAUGGGAAAGGGAUGAGGGGAGCCCUGCUGCUGGAGAUGUGCUCAAUAACUCUGACCGGGAUGCAGUCUUGUUUCUCUCUAACCUCGUUGAAGGCACUUACACUUUUCACUUGAAAGUGAUGGAUGCUAAAGGAGAGAGUGACACUGACCGGGCGACAGUUGAGGUAAAACAAGACGCUAUGAAAAACAACCUGGUUGAGAUGAUCCUGGAUGUAAGUGUCAGCCAGCUGACCGAGAGACAAAAGGGGAUGUUUAUGAGGCAAAUUGCAGUUCUCCUAGGGCUACUGGAUUCAGACAUCAUUGUCCAGAAGAUUCAGCUAUAUACGGAGCAGAGCACUAAGGUUGUCUUCUUUGUGAAGAACCAGCCACCUCAUCUGGUCAUGAAAGGUCAUCAGGUUGCCUGGAAACUCCGCAAUGAGCUCCGCAAACAGCAGAGUGACUUCCUCAUCUUCAAAGCAUUGGAAAUAGAUACAUUCACCUGCCAGCUGAACUGCUCUUUGCAUGGACACUGCAACUCAUUCACCAAGCUUUGUGUCUGUGACCCUUUCUGGAUGGAGAACUUUAUCCGUAGGCAGUUUGGAGACGGAGAAAGCAACUGUGAAUGGAGUGUUCUGUAUGUCAUCAUUACAAGCUUCUUAGUACUGGUAGCUCUAGGACUGCUGUCAUGGUGUAUGAUCUGCUUUUGUAGAAGAAAGAAGAGCAAACUUAAACGCAAGAGCAGGUACAAAAUUCUGGAAGGAACUGAUGACCAAGAGAGCAUUGAGAUGAAGUCUGGCCUCAAAACUGGGGUCAAGCUGAAAGCUCCAGUUCAGAACACUAGUUUGAUGCAUUCGGAAUCAGAACUAGACAGUGAUGACAACGUUUACACUUGGUCAGACAGAGAGAAGGGCAAACUCCUUCGACCACAAAAUGGCUCCUUACGUAAUGGACAAGCCUCUCAAAAAAACAAGAACCAGAGAGAGGAGCUAUUAUAACUAAAAUGAAGGAUCAACCAACAUGCUUGCAUCUAGUUUUGUGUCGUGUGCAGGACAAUGAAACUGUCCACAACUCGAACUUUCUAAACCACUGGUUUUCUUAUUGGAUGCAGAUGAUGCUUGGAACUUCUUACAUUUUUUUAAAAUUAGAUUACCACCUCUUUUGCUUCUCUGGGAGCAUGUAACUGGACAUACUUGAACUGGAAUUUUACAAUGGAAAAAUUAAAAACUACUGGAUUUCUCCUUAUAUGUUACUUUUUUAAAGUGACUAAAUUAAUGAUAUAGAUAUUUUUUCUGCAGUUUCCUGGGACUUUCAAUCCUCAGGUUUGAGCCACGGUUUUUAAUUGCAUCCAAGUUUAAGUGCACUAUGCUGCCAAUUUCUCAAUGGCAUUGAAGGAUAAAAUGUGAAAGGUGAUGAACAUGUACUGUGGUUCUCCCUCGCGCUCUUGUUGGAUUUUCAGGGCCUUAAUCUUUAGAACUUUUUUUGUUUUCCUUUUAAUUUCUGAAGACAAUAAUCCAUUACUACUGGCUACUAAAUCCCCCCCUCCCCCUCCUCAAAGGAAGAAGAAGCCAAACUGAAAGGAAAAAUAUGAAUGAUUUGGGGCAA